UAUAUAUUCAUUGUUUGGGCAACUCAGGGAAACGUACACUCACCAACUGAGUCUCCCAUCCCUUUCCACGCACAACUCUCUUCCUACUUUAAAUUUCACUCCUUUCCUUGUCUGACACCCUUUGUCUCCUUUUCACCUCUAACCUUUGUCAUUUACGCCACCCAUUUGCCAAUCAAAAGCCCUCCUCACCCAUAUUCACCUGUGGCUCGAAGAUAGACACAAAAAGCUGGAGUAACUCAGCGGGACAGGCAGCAUCUCUGGAGAGAAGGAAUGAGUGAGGUUUUGGGGCGAGGUUUUGUCCACCUCUUUUUCAGCUAUCUCCCCUCUACACCUAUCAUUCUGAAGAAUAGUCCCAACUUGAAACUGUCUAUGCAUUCCCUCCACAGAUGCUGCCUGAUCCGCUGAGUUCCUCCACCAUUUUGUGUUUUGUUUAGGAAAAUGUCUACUUGAUACUCUGAAACAUCUGACGACGAGUGGUGUAUGUUUAUGACUUCGGACCUUUGGUUCCCAAAGCUCCUCAACACAGUGAUUUUCCCAACUCAUGUCUGUGUUCAACUCAUCAGACGAGAUAAUAUACCUAUGUUAAUCAGGAACAUCGUUUUUAUUUUCAAUGACCUGUCGUUUUUCUGUCUCGCAAGUUUCACUUUCCUAUUUUUUGUCCAAAUGUCUGACACCUGUGAAAAUUACCUACCAUGUUAUUCUUGAGCUAUACAGUAAUUUUCUUGCCCGUAAAAGUUUAAUUUAAAUAAAUUAUGUCUUCUUAGGUCAAUCUUCAAGAAAGACAUGUUCAUCUAUUUCCAAGCAAUGAGAUUUGCCCUUGAAGAAAUUAAUAACUCAACUGAGCUGUUGCCAGGCGUUAUUCUGGGCUAUGAUAUUGCUGACAGUUGCUCUGAAGUUGUGGACAUUCAGACCAUGUUCAGAUUCCUGUCAGGCAAGCAAGGAACAGAAGUGGAGAUAUUAAACAAUUAUACAUCCUAUCAGCCCAGAGUGAUCGCUAUUAUUGGGCCAGCUUCAAGCGAAAUAGCAAUUACCAUUGCUAGAGUUUCAGGUUUCUUCCUCAUUCCUCAGAUUAGCUACCUGGCAUCUGGUGAGAUUCUGAGUGACAAAAUGCGUUUCCCGUCAUUUUUCCGGACUAUUCCAAGUGACAAGAAUCAAGUAGAAGCCAUGGCUUUACUGAUCCAGGAAUUCCAUUGGAACUGGAUUGCUGUUGUUGGCAGUGACAAUGAAUAUGGACGCAAUGGACUAACCAAAGUGGUGGAAAUGGCCUCGGCGCUGGGGACGUGCAUUGCGUAUCAGGGUAUCAUCUCUACUUCCCCCGAGAUUAUCAACCAAGUCAUUAACAACAUCAGCAGCACUGUCAAUGUUACAAUUCUCUUUUCCAAUAAGUUAAUAGCACAAGUAUUUUUCAGUUUUGUUGUGGCUCAAAAUCUUGCUUCCAAAGUGUGGAUCGUAAGUGAGGCAAUUUCAUUAUCGGAGGAGAUAACAAAAAUACCAAGAAUUGAGAGUAUUGGGACUGUUAUCGGCAUAGCGGUUAAGGAAGGGGAAUUGACACACUUUAAGGAAUUCCUAGACAAACCUCUGAACCACAUUUACUCAGGGAUCGUGCCGGGCCUAAGAUUGGGCGAGUGUACCAUUAACAGAGGCACCUGUGAUCAAGAAUGUAAUUGGCUGAAGGCUAAGCAUUUAAACUCUUCAUCACCCAGCCUGGAGAAGAGAAUCUCACACAAUGUAUACUCAGCUGUGUAUGCUGUGGCCCAUGCAUUGCACAAUCUACUACAAUGUAAUGCGACACAGUGUGAUAGAACACAAAGCUUCCUCCCAUGGCAGGUAGGUGUAUGCCCAUCCAGUGUGAUUCACAUUUAGGCAAUUAAU